CACACAAAAACGUGGUCCUGUGACGACACUCCGCCCAUCAACAUGACUGAAGUAUUAGCGGCUGAGUGUGUCCUCCGUGCCCGGUGGUGAUUAUCACUCGAGCGUAAAUCUGCCGCGGCCGGGGAGAACUUUUUCGCGGAAAGAAAGAUGACUCCUCGCUUCCCCGCCGCCCACUUGGCUCUCUCUUCUGACUCUGUGCGCGACGACCAGAGCCCAUCCAGCGCAGCCAUGCCCUCCGAUUCGCACAAGCACGACGCGAUAUCGGCUCCCGUCAACGCGGAUGCAACGCCCAGCGCCCCCAACGCAGUUCCGCCUCAGGAAAAAGCGAAGAAACGGGCCAAGGAGGACGACGAGCACAUCCUGCCGCACAACAACAUGCCGCUCGUCUCGUUCGCACUGAUGAUGACUGCGUUCCUGGCCGCCCUCGAUCAAACGAUCGUCGCGACGGCUCUGCCGACUAUAGUGUCUGAUCUGCAGGGCGGGAACAACUACUCGUGGGUCGGAAGCUCAUACCUCAUCGCCGCGGCCUCGUUCGCCCCCGCAUACGGCAAACUCUCCGACAUCUUUGGCCGCAAACUCGUGUUAUACCCCUGCAUCGCCAUUUUUCUUUUUGGAUCCGCGCUGUGUGGAGCGGCCAAGUCCAUGACCUGGCUGAUUGCAGCGAGGGUCAUCCAAGGCGUUGGCGGCGGAGGCAUCCAGCAGAUGGUGCAGGUCGUCAUCGGGGACAUCGUUUCGCUGGAGGAACGUGGUACAUACGGGUCGUACGUCGGCGCGAUGUGGGGCGUUGCAGGCGUGGUCGGUCCCUUAGUCGGUGGAGCGCUCACCGACCACGUGUCGUGGAGGUGGUGUUUCUGGAUCAACCUACCGACGGGCGGUGUCGCCGGAAUGAUGCUGUUCUUCUUCCUCAACCUCAAUCCACACAAGGGCAAGACGCUUCGCGAGCACGUGCGCGAGUUCGACUUCCUCGGGCUCGUGCUCGUCGUCGGCGGCGUGGUCGCUCUCCUGCUCGGAUUCAGCGAGAGCGAAAAAGGAUGGAACACCGCAAGCACCAUCGCACCGCUCGUUGUGGGGCUCGCGGCGAUUCUGGCUGGCAUGGUCAACGAGAACUUGACGAACCGAUCGCCCAUCAUCCCCCCGCGGCUGUUCAGGACGCGAACGACCAGUCUGAUCUUCCUCACGGUGUUUCUGCAUUCGCUGUCGUUUUUCUGCGCCGCGUUUUAUCUGCCGCUGUACUUCCAAAUCCUCGGCGCAUCUGCAACGAAAUCGGGUAUCUUAAUUAUCCCCUUUGCGCUGCUCUCUUCUGUCACGUCUGCGCUGGCGGGAUACGUCGUCAGCAAGAUGGGUGAUUACAGGCGAACCCGUGAUACCGUCACGAUCAUCGGAUACGGUCUCAUGAUAAUGCUCAACGAAAAAUCGUCCCUGGCACUGCAGCUUAUCUACCCCACCAUCGCCGGGCUCGGCAUCGGCGCCCUGUUCCUCCCACCCCUCAUCGCAAUGCAAGCCGCGAUGCCGCAAAAGGACAUGGCCACGAGCUCGACGACGUUCGGAUUGUUCCGAACCCUCGGUGCGACGAUCGGCGUUUCUGUCGGCCAGGUUCUCUGCUCCGGGGUCGUGCUGCACAAACUCAAAAAAAUCCCCGGCCUGACGCUGAACCUCUCCGGCGGCGUCUUGGCCGAGGGUGUGCGGCAGAUCCAGACCAUCCAGCCGCAGUCGAUGAAGCAGCAAGUGCUGCACGCCUACACCGCGGGCAUCUCGGCCAUCUGGAUCCUGAUCACCCCCGUACUCUGCAUCUGCCUAAUAGCCGUCCUCUUCCUCAAAAAAUACAGUCUCAAGCGCAAGAUCAUUCGCAAAGACAAGGACGGGCGGGAAAUCGUGGAGCCCGUCGCCGAGGCCACAGAAGGAGGCCCUUCUAUCUCGGAUAUUGAGAAGGGCGCUCUACAGAUCGAGGAGAAAACAGACCACGCUAGCACAGAGUCUGACACACCCCACCUGUAAAGAUCGAUGUACAUCAAUGACAUCUGACGGCAUCAAAGGGCUGUGAUGGGAAGCAGAACCGGGAGAAGGACGUC